GAAAGUGUACCAAUGCCGAAGGAUAAGGCCCUCGCCCCCAUCCCCAACCCAAUAAUCUUCUUUUUACUCUUUCAAGUUUGAACCCACGUUGUGAAUGAGAAGCACAAGUUUCAUAUCAUUCUUCCUCUCUACUCUAGCAAAAGAUAAUUUUACAAACUGAAAAAUGACCUUAUAGUGAAUUGCAUGUUAGGUUCACUGCAAUCAAAUUAAGGGUAGUAGGACUUCGGAGUCACUAUCCUCACGAGCCACGGUCCCUCUUCACUAUGUGAAUGAUUGAUGAUAGUUUGCAUAAUUCCAUAUAAUUCUCCAAUCAGCAAUUGCAGUAACAGGCUCAUUAUUUGGUUCUGGCCCAGUACUUACUUGAAUGUUCUACGAUCUAUAUAUCAUUUUCAUAAUUAAGAACUAGAAGGGGACCAUUUUUGGUUUGAAUUAGGCCAAAUUCCAAACUCUAAAAUAUCAAAUUCGGACUUUAAAGUAACUGGGUCGUUAAGUCCGUUAUUGCCAUCACAUGCACAUAACCAUAUUAGAGUUCACCGCGGGGGUUGAAACUCGGAACCCUUUUGCUUCAAUUCUGAUUGCUUGAGUUCUAGUGUUGAGUUUGGACAUGAAUAAUUCUGGGGCUGGAAGUGAUUAUGUAGGAGCGGUUGAAGUUACUAAGGAUAAGAAUGGAAUAGGCCAAGUGGUUCUUCGGAACCAUCGAGGUGCUUCUGCAAGGGUUAGCUUGCAGGGAGGGCAGGUUCUUUCAUGGAAAUGGGAACGUGGCCAGGAGCUUUUAUUCACUAGCAGUAAGGCAAUCAUUAAUCCUCUCAAACCAUUACGAGGAGGAAUUGCAAUCUGUUUCCCUCAGUUUAGAAGCCGUGGAUCAUUAGAGCAUCAUGGGUUUGCCAGGAACAAAAUGUGGGUAAUUGAUCAAGAUCCUCCACCAUUUCCCAGUGGUUCCAGUGAAAAAACCUAUAUUGACCUGCUGCUCAAACCAUCAGAAGAUGAUCUGAAGAUAUGGCCACAUAGCUUCGAACUUCGGUUAAGGGUGACUUUGGCAGAAGAUGGCUAUUUAACUAUGAUUUCUCGCGUCAGGAAUGUGAAUAGCAAGCCUUUCAGUUUCUCCUUUGCUUAUCAUACAUAUUUCUCCCUCUCUGAUAUCAGUGAAGUGAGGGUGGAAGGAUUAGAAACUCUUGAUUAUUUAGACAACCUAUACAACCAAGAGCGCUUCACAGAGCAAGGAGAUGCUUUGACAUUUGAAUCUGAGGUGGAUCGAGUGUAUGUUGAUUGUUGUAGCAAUGUGGUAGCUGUUCUAGACCAUGAAAAGAAGCGAACAAUUGUGAUACGAAAAGAAGGGCUUCCUGAUGUUGUUGUUUGGAAUCCGUGGGAGAAAAAGUCCAAGACGAUAGUGGAUUUAGGGGAUGAAGAGUACAAGCAGAUGCUAUGCGUUGAUGGUGCAGCAAUUGAGAAACCAAUCACGUUGAAGCCAGGUGAAGAAUGGACUGGCCUAUUGGACCUCUCUGUGGUCCCUUCCACUUAAUAUGAAAUGACUUGGCUAUGUUUGUGGAGAUGCUAAUAAAGUAGGAUCUUAUUAUAUGUUUUUUUGUUAUCAAAGUUGAGAUUUUAUUUUGACAAUGCAAAAGAUAUCCAUGGCAUGUGCUGAAGCUGUCUAAUAAACUACCCCAAACAUACCAUCUAGCAUUCUUUUUGGCAAGUGGUGUGCAAAUUCUGAAGCGUACAAGUGAUGUAUCAUUGUAAAUAAAAAGGACAUGUCAUAAAAAGCUUGUUGACUACACAUAGAAUACAGAUUCAAGUUCA